AUGCAAGAACACCGAGAUUUGGCAUCACUAGGUGUUGAUUAUACGUGUCCUGUAUGUGGCAUGUCUACACUGGAAAGUGGUUAUGAUAAUGCAAAUUAUGUGACGAUGAUGAACGGCCAGAAGAUUUAUUCGUGUGGUAUGGCACCACGACCCUUUCCAAACUAUGAUUCGGACUUGACGGACACGGCCUAUCUGGCUGCCAAUAUGGCCGAGUUUAUUGUGAAUCCAACGGACGCAGACGCUUACGUCAAGUGCACGAACGACUGUAGAGAGUGUUCGGAUAACAUCAGUGACCCCGUGUCUGGAGACGCAAUCACGACUGCAAACUAUGUCUACGUGUGUUUGAAGAACGGCCAGAAAAUUUACUUUGCGUCACAAGACAACAGAAACUCGUACCUUACCCGUGUCAACACUGAGCCACGCUAUUUGGUCGACAGUGUCAUUUGCUCCGGCUCUGCGUGCACUGAUGCUAAAACUAUAACGACGCUGAGUCUUGCGGCGCAGAGUUUUGUGGCAGACAACCCCCCUGCGAGUGCAAGCGGUACCACUGCUACACCCGCGACGUCUUUAAACAGCAGUACUACUGAGUCAGCCGCGUCAUCGACCAGCUCUGACUUCUGUUCAGGCCAGGGGUCGGUCAUGUUCAACGGCUUCCAGACGUCCAUCCAUGGGUCGUGUGUGAUGCUGUUUUUCCGGCCGUGGGUGCUUAACAGCGGCGUCAAGUACGCAUUCGGAUUUAUCGGAUGCUUUUUGAUUUCAUUGCUGAAUGAAGCGCUUGUAAAGGGACGCGAAGUGGUGCGCCAACGCCUGUUGAUCGCGCGGAAGCUUCGCCCUCACGACAAGGUUCACAAGAUACAGUGCAAACUGACUCUUGCUGUUCUUUAUAUGAUCCAGAUGACGAUCGCGUAUUUUGCCAUGCUCGUAGUAAUGACCUACGAGACGGGUCUGUUUCUGGCCCUUAUCGCCGGUUUUGGUGCCGGUUUUUUGCUUUUGAAGAAUCUAGACCAGGACAUUACCCAGGAGCGUGGCUCAUGGCGUUACACGGACCCUUCUACCGUGCGAAUUCCGGUCGAGGGUAUGUCGUGCAUGAAGAAUUGCGGCACGACGGUGGAGAAUGCGCUAAAAAACACGCCGGGUGUGACUGAUGCAAUUGUGGAGCUCGACGAGCGUGCCGCUUAUGUUUCUGGAUCAGCGCAUUACAGCGACCUGGUGGCAGCUAUUGAGGCAGCUGGUUUCAGUACCGAGGUAAACAAUCAGACCGAGCGCAAGAGCGACGCUUCUUCUCGCGCUGAAUGCCGUAAGGACGUUUAA